UUAGCCGUUCGGGAAGAUCUAGGGCGGCUGCUGAGCCAUAGAAGGUCACAAAAUGUCUGAUGAGGCGUCCUCAUACGACGCCCUGAUCAUAGGGGCAGGCUUCUCUGGUAUUUUUCUCCUAUAUCAUCUCAGGAGGAUUGGCCUCAAAUGCAGAAUAUACGAGGCCGGCACUGGUCUAGGAGGAACCUGGCAUUGGCACACUUAUCCAGGUGCGGACUGAUCUCCUUGUCUAGAUUAGGAGCUCUUGAGGGAAUACCCCUGACCUUGGUUGUGCCUUAGGCCUCAGAGUUGACUCCGAAGUCCCUGUUUACGAGUACUCUGCCCCAGAGCUGUGGUCUGGCUGGACGUGGACAGAAAAGUAUCCUGAUGGAGAGGAGAUCCUUAGAUAUUUCGAGCAUGUCGACCAGGUGUGGGACAUUAAAAAGGAUGUCGAGUUUGGCGUCAAAGUUGUUGGUGCUCAAUUUAACAUAGAGAACAAUAACUGGGACGUGGAAAGUGAAGAUGGACGCACUACACAUUGCAGGUUCUUUCUUCUUGCUACCGGAUUUUGCGCCAAACGAUAUGUUCCGGAUUAUAAAGGAUUAGAUUCCUUCAAAGGCAUAAUGUGCCACUCCGCCGACUGGCCUCGAGAGGGCGUAGAUGCCAAGGGGAAGAGAACAGCAGUAAUCGGAACUGGUGCCACGGGCGUCCAGUUAACCCAAGCACUAGCAAAGGAGUCUAGUAGCUUGGUUGUGUUCCAGAGGACUCCUAACCUAGCACUUCCUAUGCGCCAGAGCAAGUUGUCCCGUGAAGAACAAGAAGACAAAAAAGCGAACUACGAAAAUUUCUUUAAAAACCGAGAGACAACCUUUUCUGGAAUGAGAUAUGAUUUUUCUGGUAGAAUGGCUACGGCGGAGUCUGACGAUGAGCGAGAAGCACACUUCGAGACCCUAUGGAAAAACGGUGGUUUCGAGUUCUGGGUAGGCACUUACUCAGAUAUCCUGUUUGACCCCAAGGCGAAUCGUUACGCAUACGAUUUCUGGGCAAAAAAGACACGAGCGAGGGUAAGUGAUACCAGAAAGAAAGAUAUAGUUGCGCCAUUGGACCCACCACAUGCAUUUGGGACGAAACGACCGUCACUUGAGGAAGACUACUAUGACAUGUUCAACAGACCUAACGUUGAUGUCGUGGACAUUAGAAAAAAUCCCAUUGCUGAAAUCAAACCAGACGGCAUUCUUCUCAGUGACGGCACUUUCUACUCUCUGGAUGUGAUUGCUCUCGCUACGGGUUUUGACGCAGUGACCGGAAGUAUGACAAAUAUGGGACUUCGUGAUAUUGAUGGUAAACCUCUUAAAGAGGCCUGGAAAGAUGGAGCAACGAGCUAUCUCGGCAUGUGUAUCAAGGGCUACCCAAACAUGUUUUACCUGUACGCCACCCAUGGCCCAACCGCGUUUAGUAAUGGGCCGUCCUCAAUUGAGAUCCAGGGACGUUGGAUUGUGGAAGUGAUCAAGAGAAUACUUGAGAAUGGUUGGAAGAACAUACAGCCCACAAGCCGGGCGCAGGAAGAAUGGAAAAACAAGAUCAAUGCAGUGUCAAAUGCCACUCUUCUUCCACUGACUGAUUCGUGGUACAUGGGUGUGAACAUCCCGGGCAAGAAGCGCGAGCAACUCAAUUACGCUGGUGGCCUUAAGCAGUAUGAAUUAGAAGGCCAGAAUGCAUUGAAGACAUGGGAUGGGUUUGCGGUAGCUUGAGCUCCUGGGUCAGUCAUUUAUGUUUUCGGUGAUUUACUAUUCAUUCGAGCCUUCAUUCUACUGGCCUGUAGAGGUAUUUUUAACCAAAUAGCUACUUACGAUAAGACUGAUCCCUCCAAGUUCAUACAUAUACUUAACUAAUUCAAUUGAAUCUUGAGUAUGUUCGAACUUGUAAAUUGCUGCUUCGUCCUGUCAGGACGUGAGGCACGGAGCUGGCCCUCGUCUACGCAAUAUAGG